GAUCAAUGUUUGAUAAAAUAUUUUGAAAUAUUUAAUUUUAUAUAAUUAAAUGACAAAAAAAGAGGGGAGGUUUGGAAAUUUUGGACAAGCUAUUCAAACACUUCUCUCUUCUCCUUAUCUGGUAAAACCCAAUUCGUUCGAUGCUGCUCAGUCAUCUAAUCUUACGACUCAGAUUUUGACACGUGUCAAAUCACGUUGACUUCCUCAACGUUUCAAUCACGAACCAAUCAGAAGUCGACCUUUUAUACUGACAUCUCAAUGAACCUUCCCACAUUUCGCACCUAAAUCCAAAACUGAAACGAAAAAGUGUUCCGACUUCGUUUCUCCGCCGGAAUAUUCUUUUACAGAUCGUAAUCAUAUUUGAUCGCCAGCUUAAUGGCAGAGAAGUCAUUCAAGUACGUGAUCAUCGGUGGUGGCGUCGCUGCCGGCUAUGCUGCUCGGGAGUUCGCCAAGCAGGGAGUUAAACCCGGUGAACUGGCCAUCAUUUCCAAGGAGGCGGUGGCUCCUUAUGAACGCCCAGCACUUAGUAAGGCAUAUCUGUUCCCUGAGGGAACUGCCAGACUCCCAGGUUUCCAUGUGUGUGUUGGAAGUGGAGGAGAGAGGCUCCUUCCCGAGUGGUAUACUGAGAAAGGGAUAUCUUUGCUCCUCAACACGGAAAUAGUCAAAGCAGAUCUUGCUUCAAAGACACUUAUCAGUGCAGCUGGUGAAACUUUUAAAUAUCAGACAUUGAUUGUAGCAACUGGCUCUACUGUUAUUAGGUUGACGGACUUUGGCGUAGAAGGUGCUGAUGCCAAAAGCAUCUUUUAUUUGAGAGAAAUUGAUGAUGCCGACAAACUUGUUGAAGCAAUCAAAACAAAGAAAAACGGGAAAGCUUUGAUUGUUGGUGGUGGAUACAUAGGCUUGGAGCUAAGUGCUGCUCUGAGAAUGAAUAACAUUGAUGUCUGCAUGGUUUACCCUGAACCUUGGUGCAUGCCUAGACUAUUCACUGCCGGCAUAGCUUCCUUCUAUGAGAGCUACUAUGCAAAUAAGGGAAUUGAUAUCAUCAAGGGCACUGUAGCUGUUGGGUUUGGGAAGAAUGAAAAUGGAGAGGUUGUAGAUGUAAAACUCAAGGAUGGUAGGGUUCUAGAAGCCGAUAUUGUUGUUGUUGGUGUAGGUGGAAGGCCCCUCACAACUCUAGUUAAAGGCCAGGUUGAAGAAGAGAAGGGAGGAAUCAAGACUGAUGCUUUCUUCAAGACAAGCAGUCCUGAUGUAUAUGCCGUGGGUGAUGUUGCUACAUUCCCCUUGAAAUUAUUCAAUGAGCUGAGGAGAGUUGAGCAUGUUGAUCAUGCACGCAAAUCUGCUGAACAGGCUGUUAAGGCAAUAUUUGCAAGUGAACAAGGGAGUCAUAUUGAGGAAUACGACUACCUCCCAUACUUCUACUCCCGUGCCUUCGACCUGUCGUGGCAGUUCUACGGUGACAACGUAGGUGAGACCGUCCUAUUUGGAGACAACAACCCAACAUCGGCAACUCACAAGUUUGGAACAUAUUGGAUCAAAGAUGGGAAGGUGGUUGGCGUGUUUCUGGAGAGUGGCACUCCCGAAGAGAACAAGGCCAUUGCCAAACUCGCGAGGCUCCAGCCUCCAGUAGACAGCUUGGAUCAACUAGCCGCAGAGGGUCUUGCCUUUGCAAACAAAAUUUGAACUCUUUUUUCUUGAUUUUGUUAAAUAUAAUUACUUGUGUGUUCCGAUGCAAGCCUGCGGAUUAUUAAGUUUUCUUGUUUGUGGUUGCUUUUGCCGAUUAUACAAUAUAAUUUCUGGGAAUGAAAUGUUAUAUAUGUGGUCA